AUGGCUCAUGAAAUCGACUGGAUCAACAGCAAGGCUGGCGUGUGCAACAUUACCUCCUACAAGUCCAAACAAAAGAAAGAGGACUCUGAACGUAAAAUGGUUUGCUUUGUUAAUGUUGCCAACCUGAACACGAGAGAUGGGAAUUUGGGCCGAAAUGUUUUUAGUGACCAACCUGACCACAUCAACGACCCUGCCGGUGAACUCGACUUACGAAACCUGGAGGAGAAGGAGGUCAUUGUAAUCAAGGACAACGAACGAAGGAAAUGCAUGAGUACCGACGGAGCGGUCUGCCUUUUCAAGCCAGGUUCCUCGGAAGGUGUCAAUAUUGUCAACUGGCUCAAUAACGAUCUCCAGAAAUAUGCCUUUGGGUUUGAACAUGCACUAACUCCUUUCAGGACCUCUCAGAAACUGAAGGUGUUUGAUAAGGGAUCUCAGAACAACAAUAACAUGGGUUCCAGCAGUUCAAUGGCAGGAAAUUCAAUGGCAGAAACAGGAAAUUCAGAAGAUCUUGCUUACUAUGCUAACAAGCUCUGUUCCUUAGUGGUUGAGAUGACACGGAAAGAGAUCAAGGAUAGAUGGGAGAAUACGAGAAAAUACCUAUGCCAAAACAUUAAUUCUUAUAACGCGGGAAGGAGAGCUAGUGUAACAGAAAGCAAACCAUCUUCCGAAGACGAAGGCAAGGAGCAGGAAGGACAGUAUGAUUCUACAAGAACAAGAAGAUCAGAAGAUUAUACUUCUGUCAACAAAGGGUUGAUGUUACAUGCAAACCAGGUGGCUUCAGACAUGAUGCUCUCGUUCCUGAAGACCAUAAGUGUCCAGAAGGGAAGACACCCUCCAGCUGCGUGCAUUGUUUUAAAAGAUGUACUUGUGAAUCAUGCCAAGGAAAUAGUCUCAGACUUGAUAGAUUCCUCCAUGAAAAAUUUACACAACAUCACCGGGGCACUCAUGAAAGACUCCGAUUUUAUUUGCGGGGUGAAGAAGAAUCUCUUCAGUGUUGGAAGCCAAAAGUCCACAGAGGUUUUGGAAGCCAUGGUGAGGCGCUUGUUCAAGCUCCUGGCGGGAGAUGACAAGACUCGGGCGCAAAGUUUAGCUUUUACCUCGUGUAAGUUAGGGGCGCUGGGGAACCAGAGAACUCAAGGCAUGCAAUUUGCAUCCCUGAAAAGUGAGUGCCACAGCCAGGGGAAGGACAGAAUGGGGGGACCAGGAGGACCAGGGAAACCUCACGCCUCAGGAAGUCGGGGGCUAGACAAGCAAGUGUCAGCGGAUGUGUAUGGAAAAGAAAUUCUUUUAACAGCCUUAAUGCAGAUACAGCAGCACUUGUUAGAAAAAACCAAAAAAGCCAGAAUCCGGGAAAACCAUGCCAACUCAUGUGGCUAUCUUCACCAUGACUCCACCUACGACAGAAGCAGUGAGAGAAGCCUGAAGCGCUCCUCGAAAUCUUACGAGGGAAGACCAGACUGCGACGGCAGAGACAAAGGCAGCGUCCUGUUGUCUGUGAUCCAGAAGGUCCUCCAAGAGAUUGGUUUCAAUCCCGAGGACCUGUGCAUGGACAAGAACCGAGGCUAG